AUGAGGGCCGCAGCCGCUGAUCUCUGGGUCACCCAGUGCAAGGGGCAUGCAAUAAACACCAGGCAGGCGCUGGUAACCUCUACACUCAUCCUGGGCUUAGCAGGGGUCUGGGGCCCUGAGACACGGAGUGUGAGGCGGGAUUGUGGUAAUGUCAGGACUGGGCAGGGCCAGGGGUCAGGAAAGAAGGGGGUCUCGGGUGGCCUCGGGAGCUGUGAGAGCAGUGCCGGCCGGCCAGCCCAGCUGGCAGCAAGGGCCCCUUUCGUACCCCUGGUGCCCUGGGCUGGACGGGGGAACGGGCUCCCCAGGGGAGGCCCUAAAGAGGGCAAUUCCCUCUGA